GGAUGGACCGGUUGCCGUGGAAACGCACUCCCAUCAUUCAGCUGCCGUGCAGAAAAACGUCGCAAUCUGCUUCUGACUUUUAAUGUUGCUGCAGGGGCUCUGAGCAUCUGUGUGCUGAACCUGAGACAUGUCUGGGACCAAAAAACCGCCUCGUCAUGAGUUUCCAGACUCUGAUCCAGAAGACACAUCAGAGGAGCUGACAAAGGAGGUGUGUCUGGAGUCAGACCUGCAGGAUGGACAGAUGUUGGAGGUUGAAGUGGGACAUCACAGCGUGCUGUUGACACGCAGCGAAGGCAAAUACAGUGCCAUUGGUAACCAGUGUACACACUACGGUGCUCCGCUCAGCAAAGGUGUAAUUUCGGGUCACAGGGUGCGCUGCCCGUGGCACGGCUCCUGCUUCAACGUCCAUACAGGAGAUCUGGAGGAGUACCCCGGCAUGGACUGUUUACCUUGCCACAAGGUCACAGUUCAAAACAGCAAAGUGUAUGUGUCCGUAAAUAAAAAGAUUCUCGGGAAGGAAAAAAGGAUAAAGCAAAUGGGAAGUGCAGUACCGGGAGUUACUCACACUAUUCUGCUGCUAGGAGGAGGAGCUGCGUCACUGAGCUGCGCUGAGAUUCUGCGACAGGAAAAUUUUGGCGGCAGGAUCAUCAUGGUCUCCAGAGACGAGCUUUUACCUUACGACAAGACGCGUCUAAGCAAGGUGAUGAACGUGGAGAGUGACAGUAUUGUGCUGAGGAGGAUGGAGUUUUUCCAUCAGUACGACAUCGAGGUGUGGCUCAGGAAAGAAGCGCUUUCGGUGGACACGGACAAGAAGACAGUCACUUUUGAUGAUGGUUCAGUGCAGCACUAUGACCAGCUCCUCAUCUCAACAGGCUGCAGAAUCCUGUCCUUUAGAGCAAAGGGUCUGGAUGUGCCUGGUAUGAAGUUGGACAAUGUAAAGAUGUUGGAGACACCAGAGGACGCUCGUCAAAUCCAUGCAGCCAGUACGGGCAGCAACGUGGUCCUCGUGGGAACUUCUUUUGUUGGUAUGGAAGUUGCAUCUUAUUUGAUAGACAAAGCCUCCAGUGUCACAGUGAUUGGCAGCAGCGAGCUUCCGUAUCAGAACACGUUUGGUCCUGAAAUCGGUAAAUUCACCAUGAAGAUUCUGUCGGAGCAAAAUGUGAGAUUCCACAUGAACGACAUCGUGACGGAGGUCAAAGGUGUGAAUGGCAAGGUGAAGGAGGUUGUGCUCAAAAGUGGAAAAGUGGUCCCAGCUGAAGUUUUGAUUGUUGGCAUCGGCAUCAUCCCUAACUCAGAGUUCCUGCAGAACAGUAAAAUACAGAUGAACAGAAAAAACUUUGUGACAGUGGACAAGUACAUGUGCACCAACGUCCCUGGGGUCUUCUGUGGGGGUGACCUAGCCAUCUUCCCUCUGGCGAUGGCCAAAAACCAGCUGGUCCACAUCGGACACUGGCAGAUGGCGCAAGCACACGGGAGGAUAGCGGCUCUGAACAUGCUGGGCAAAACAACUGAACUCAACACAAUUCCUUUCUACUGGACCGUCCUAUUGGGCAAAACCAUCCGAUAUGCAGGCUAUGGGGAGGGAUACACUGAGAUUGUAAUGAAAGGAACAUUUGAGGACAAGAAGUUCCUGGCGUUUUACAUCAAGGAUGAUGAAGUCAUAGCAGCCGCCAGCCUAGACUUUGACCCAGCAGUGUCCGCGGUGGCCGAGAGGCUCGUAGACGGGAAAGUCAUCACAAAGAAAGAGGCUCAAUCAGACGACCUGAGCUGGCUGCAGUUGUCCUGAUCUACACUUUUCCUGCACUCAUCCGCUCGACGCAUCGUACAGUGCAGCGCAUCAUGCAGCCAGGAAAGUCCUCCGCCUGGUUCUCUGUCGCCACCGCUCUCACGACAAGACAAAGAGUUCGGAUUAAAAUCCUUCAGCCAGAGGAGACGGACUGCAAGGAUGGAGUUCUGAUACGGACCGUGUGGUAGUAUCGUAUUUGAACUGUACGUCGUGCAGUCAGCGUUCAUGUGAGGCGGAGUCCAGCAUGUAAACAACAGAUACCUCAAAUAGAUGCAGCUUUUAGGACUGGUUUUUUAAUCUUAAAAUUAGUUUUUUUUUAAUUUUUUAUUUUAUGGAUUUAUAUCUGUAAGAGGGUUUCACUCAACAAGUUCAGACACUUCACGUGUAAGGUGCAUCAUUACAUUCUCUGCUGCUCAUAUAUAAAAGAUGGAUGGGGCUGUGGGUGGAAAAAAAAAUAAUGCACGCUGCAGCCGCUAACGUGGUCCGGUCAGAGAGUCGGAUGGGGGGGGGAUUAGGAGUACAGAGGCGAGGGGGGGGGUUGUUCAGCUCUUUUGAAACAGAGAUGCUGAAACAGGCAACGUUAACAAAAAAAACACCAACAAAAGGCCUUCAGCAAACAGCAAACAAAGGCACUGGGACAAAAGCCUCACAAAAGAAAUGCUGCCUCUCCCGCCCUCGGUCUCUCUGCCGGUUUGUCCUUGUCUUUACUUCUCACCUCGGCUUUUGCUCUCAGGCCCUGUUCAGACCCGGUGUUAAAACAUGUGUCCAGCUCUAAGUGCGAGUGUUUCACAUCUGGCAUCACAAUGUGUCUUCACAUCGCAUUCUGAGAUCCAGUUUCUGUUUUGUGGUCCGCGUGCAAAUAAACGCUGUUGAGUUGUGUGUUGUUGCAAUCCUGGAGAAUGAGUGGUGGUGGACUGUAGCUCAAUGAAAGACAAAUCUCUGGUAAUGAGGUAAAUAAAAACACCAGUCAUCAUUAUAACUCCACAUCACUAUGUUUCAUUCAUCAACAUGAACCUGUCGAAUAGUUUUAUUUAUUAAUUCUUGUUUUACAUCACUUAUUGCUCGAGUUAAUGAAAUUUUUUAAAAGUCUCUCUGUACUGAUAAACAGACGUCACUUAUGUUGCCAUCAGUGUUGCAGUUGUGUGUGUGUUUUUUUUUCUGAAUGAAUGAAAGAAAUAUUACUCAGAGGACGUCGGAUCCAAUUAAUGAGGACGUGUCAUGUUGACUUCAGGUUGGAUCAUCAUCACGUCUCAGUUUCUAGGACUCCAGGACAUACUUUACAGAAAAAUGAUAAUUAUUUUCUGUUAUUUUAUAUCACUGUAAGAAUAUUAUAUCACGAUAUGGUACAUUCUCUAGAUGACCAUUUAAGUUAGUGUUCACUGGGAAAUAAAACUGCUUAUAGAUCAAAUUAAAUGCAGAGGAAAUCCUGGUUCUUCAAUAUAUUAUGGAAAAAAAUAUGAAUGGUUUUAGGACACAUCCUGUAAAAUAUUGAAGAAUUUUCACUGGAUACUGUAAUCUUCCACUUUUCAAGUUAAGUUCAUAUAUUACUACCUUUACUGCACUAUUUAUCUAUACAUAUGAAGAAGUGCUUUAUUCAUGAGUUUGAACCAAAGUACACUGUUACAUUAACUAUGAGGUAUUUAGUUCUCUUGAGGAACAAGUGAAAUAUGUUCUUUUACUUAUAUGAGGUUAGGAUAAAGUCACAAUGAUGAAUAUUAGAUAUUUUCUUAGUUACAGCUUUGUUAUUAAUGCAGCAGUGAAACAGCAGUGAUGUACUUGUCAUUUAAACCUUGUCUUGUGUUUCACUUCGUUCAUACAUUAAAGAAAAAUCUCAGGCA